AUGUCUUCAAUUCAUUUUCUAUCGCUCGAAACUCGCCAGAUCAUCCUCGGUUACCUUGAUAUCGACUCGCUACUCUCUGCUAUUCGCAGCUGCCGGCCGUUCUAUCUGGCUUACAAGGGGUAUGAGGCAUCUGUGCUGAAAUCAUGCCUGUAUACUAUCAUCACGCCCGAGAUACUACCAUAUGCCAUUCUAACCCUAGAUAUCGCCAAUUCCCCGCACGGGGAUUUGAUUGAAUACCACAAGCUGAUUGAAAAGCGAUUGGGGAAUCCCACGGAGACGCUCCGCGAUUGGAGUUGGGACCUAUCUGAAAUGAAGGAAUUACUCUUCGUCCACAGACAUCUCUCCUUUUUCAUAGACGAUUACAGCAAGAAGGCUUUGGAAGAGUUCCACAACUCGUUCGGAGAGACAGAGGUUUGCAUUCCCUUGUCACGAAAUGAUUGGGCCCGCAUAGCCCGAUCAUUCUACGCUCACCUGGUUAUACGGCAAGCAUCCCUGAAUCGCUUCGCUAGGCCGAAGCACUAUGAGUACAUCAGUGGAAUCCGUCAUUUCAAAUACCUAGUGACGUAUACGGCUGAUAGCGUAUCGUCAAAUUCGAUUGACCUGAAGCAGCUCUUCAUCGUGAGCACUUACUUUCGUAAUAUCAAAAGUAAGUUGUACACUCCCAGCAGUAUCAGUCUGAUUUUGGCUCUAACUGGCUGUUAG